AUGGCCCCAGUGGAAACCCCGAACAAAGCCGCACUCUCGGCUUCAAAAGUGACGGAACUGAAGGCGCUCUGCUCGCAAAACAGUCUGCCGGUUUCCGGGAACAAGGGCGAGCUCGUCAACCGUCUGCUGGCCCACUUCCAGGCCGUCCAGACCUCCUCGACCCCCCAGCCUACGCCGAGCAAGGACCUCACCCUCUCCUCCAACCCGCCCGGCCCAUCAACCUCCGCCGGAGACGCGCCCCCCGCAUCCGCCCCUGCUGUCGCAGCGAGCUCGAUGGAGGGUGAGAAGGAGAAGACGGCGGAGGCCGAGCGCGAGAAGCGGAGACAACGCGCGGCACGCUUCGGCCUCGAAGACCCCGGCGCCAAUCCUCCUCCUCCGACGACGACGACGACGGUGGCGGUGGCGGCGGCUCCGGACGAGCUCAAGAAGCAGCUCCGCGCCAAGCGCUUCGGCAUCCCGCCCCCCGACGCCCUCCUCCCCGUCGCGCUCGACAAGCCGCUCGCCGACGGAAAGCAGGCCGCCGCGAUCGCCCGAACGGCCCCCGCCGACCUCGAGUGGGAGGCCCGCAAGCGCAAACGCGCAGAGAAGUUCGGCCUCGUCGACCAUCCUCCCUCCUCGCUCAAAGACCCCGGCUUCCAUCGGAAAAACCAUCGCUCCAGGUAUUGA